GAUGGAGCCAGCGGAUUACAAACUCCUGUUAAGUGGCGCGCCGUCCCUCCUCCUCUACAUCUUGCGACCGGAGCAGAACCGUGCGAGCGAAUCCUCUCCGAUCUGGAAGCAGAGGCUGUUCAUCUCCGCUUCUCUAGUCAGCGCCCCAAAAAACUGCUCGAGCUCUGCAGUGCAGGAGAGGGUAGAGGUGGGAGUGGGUGUGCGAAUGUGAGUACAGUAUAGGAGGGGGUUUGAAGGGGGAAACAUAGCUGCACAACAAGAGUGAGAUGGGUCCGGAGGCGGUCAGGUAUUCCUGAUUGUUGAGUGAACGGGGGUGAAGUUCUUCUGCUCCGCUCGGAUCUUUCCUCCAGGACCCUGAGUGUGCGAUUGCACGGCCAUCAUGAGUAACAUCUAUGAGUCUGCAGAGGCCACGCUGGGCUUCAUCAGCUCCCCAUGCCUGACCAAAGUGGAGCUGAGAGUGGCCUGCCGGGGGAUCUCGGACCGCGACGCCCUCUCCAAACCCGACCCGUGCGUGGUGCUGAAAAUGCAGUCACACGGCCAGUGGUUUGAGGUGGAUCGCACCGAAGUGAUCCGUAGCAGCAGCAGCCCCGUCUUCUCUAAGAUCUUCCUGGUAGAUUACUACUUCGAGGAGGUCCAGAGGCUUCGAUUCGAGCUGCACGACAUCAGCUCUGGAAACAACGGCCUCCGUGACGCAGACUUCCUGGGAGCCAUGGAGUGCACAUUGGGACAGAUCGUCUCUCAAAGGAAGCUGACCAAAGCUCUUCUCAAACAGGGAAACACUGCUGGAAAGUCUUCAAUAAUGGUGACAGCAGAGGAGUUGUCAGGAAACGACGAUUACGUUGAACUCUCUUUCAGCGCUCGGAAGCUAGACGACAAGGAUUUCUUCAGUAAGUCGGAUCCUUUUCUGGAGAUUUUUAGAGUAAAUGACGAUGGGACUGAGUCGCUUGUACACCGAACUGAGACAGUGAUGAACAACCUGAGCCCAAUCUGGAAAUCAUUUAAAGUUUCAUUGAACACUCUCUGCAGUGGAGACCACGACAGGGAGCUAAAGUGCACGGUUUGGGACUGGGACUCCAAUGGCAAACAUGACUUUAUUGGAGAGUUUCAAACCACGUAUAAGGAGAUGAUGAGGGCUGAGCAAGAGGGCAAGCAGAUUCAGUGGGAAUGCAUCAACCCCAAAUAUCAGAUGAAGAAGAAGAAUUACAGAAACUCUGGAACUGUCAUACUCAACCACUGCAAGAUCAUCAAAAUGUACUCCUUCCUGGAUUACAUCAUGGGAGGCUGCCAGAUUCAGUUCACGGUGGCCAUAGACUUCACAGCAUCCAAUGGGGAUCCAAGAAAUAGCUGCUCUCUCCAUUACAUCCAUCCCUACCAACCCAACGAGUACCUCAAAGCCCUGGUGGCUGUAGGGGAGAUCUGUCAGGACUAUGACAGUGAUAAAAUGUUUCCUGCGUUUGGUUUCGGAGCUCUGAUACCACCGGAUUUCAAGGUUUCACAUGACUUCGCUGUGAACUUCGACGAGGAAAAUCCAGAAUGCGCUGGGAUCCAAGGUGUGGUGGAGGCCUACCAGAACUGCCUUCCUAAAAUCCAGCUGUACGGGCCCACCAACAUCGCCCCAAUCAUCCAGAAAGUGGCCUCCUCUGCCUCCGAGGAGAUGCACACCAAAGAGGCCAUGGAAUACUUCAUCCUGCUAAUCCUGACGGACGGAGUCAUCACAGACAUGGCGGACACGCGGGAGGCCAUCGUGCAUGCCUCCCACCUCCCCAUGUCGGUCAUCAUCGUUGGCGUGGGUAACGCCGACUUCACGGACAUGCAGAUCCUAGACGGCGACGACGGGAUCCUGCGCUCCCCCAAGGGCGAGCCCGUCCUCCGGGACAUCGUUCAGUUUGUCCCCUUCAAGGAUUUCAAACACGCCUCUCCAGCUGCUUUGGCUAAGAGUGUUUUGGCUGAAGUUCCUAACCAAGUGAUGGAUUACUACAGCGCAAAAGGAAUCAAACCUAAGUGUAUAUCGGACUACGAGUCCUCAAGAACCUUCAGCCCCUGACGAUGUACAACAUGCACAUAUGUAAACGUAACACUUUCAUAUACAUAUAUAAGUUACAGGGGUGUAACAAAACAUCCAUUUAAUGAAACAAGACCACACAAAGCAAUGCAAGAUAAUGGGUUCUCAAAAAGGAAGCAUGAUUCUUUUUUUUAGCAAUAGCUGGGGGAGUCAGGGAAUUUUUUUGCUUUACCAAUCUGCCUUCCACAAGUCAGUAAUUAAUUUAAAAUAAUUCAGUCUGGCUAUGACCAGUUCAUAUAAUGAGGUUAUUAUGCUUAUCAAAUGACCACUAGAAAUAGGCAGCAGCCUCUCCACAACCUUGCCAUGAUAAGUGGGUCCAAACAAAGCAUGGAUGGAUGCUUGUUCAUUUUGGCGGGUAGAGAGGGAAUUAUAAUUUCACCAAAGCAAUAAACUUGUUCCUUUUUGUGCUCUUGUAAUGAAAUAAUAGUAAUAAUAGUGAUCUUAAUCCCAAUUAAAUAUUUAAAGAAUUUCAGAUUUUAAGCUUGAGAUACUGAACUGAGGUCUGUAAUUCCUAAAAUCUUUGAUUAGUCCGUAAGCUGCUGAUCAUGCAGUUUCUUAUCUUGCUGUGCAUGUUGCCACGCUGGACCUCAUGCAGGUCUAAAGGUGAAGAAAUUAAGCUAAUUUUGUGGAACAUUUGUCUUGUUAUGCUUCCAAAGUGUGCUGCUUUUGAUCCGCUUCUGUUUUGAAUAGAGCGUGUAUACUGGGAUCAAGAGUGUGGAAUUCACAUUGUCCAUCUGUAAUAACAAGUGGUCUAUUACUUCUGAAAUCACAUCACUGUAUAGCUGUGGUGUGUUUUUAUACUGGAAUAUUCUUCAGAUGAUCCGAAUGAGUUUUCAGUGCUGAACAAGUGCCGUUAGGUGGCCAGAAAAAAAAAAUUGCCAAAUAAAUCAGAUAGUAGUGUUGCAUGAGAUUCAUUAGUAUUAUUCUUGGGAUUUUGCACAUUGAGUGGAUCCUGUUAAAGUGGGCUGGUUGUCUGGUUAGAAUGUCUCCUGGAUGCCUCUAUGGGGAUAUGUUCCGGGUACGUCUUACCAGGUGGCGACCCAGAGGACCCAGGACACGCUGGAGGUUCUACGUUUUCUGGGCUGUCCUGCAAAAGCCUUGGGAUUCCCACAAAAAAGCUACCCCAAGUGGCUGUGGAGAGGGAAGUCUAGGCCUCUCUGCUUUACCCUGCCUUGGAUUAAGCAGAAGAUGAUGGAUGAAUGGGUUAUUGCAGCAUUAUAUGUGUAGCAGUGAAGUGCUGCACUGCGACAGACUGGCGACCUGUCCAGGGUGACCCCGCCUCUCGCCCGGAACGUUGGCUGGGGAUUGGCACCAGCAACCCUCCCGACCCCAUUAGGGGCAAAGGGUGUAUAGAAAAUGGAUGGAUGGAUGGAUGGAUGGAUGAAGUACUGCAUACAUGGCAUGUGAGACCUGCAGCACCCAUCCUGCUGAGUUUUAUGACAUCUUUAGAAAAAUCUGUGCCUGCCUGGUUUACCUGGAAAUCAGAUAAUGCAUUCUAUGGAGCAACAUGUAAGAGGGCAAUGCUGGAGCAUUAUUUACCUUAGGCAGUGCAUCUUCAGGCUCCAUUGAAAUUCAGGGCAGUUAAGCGGUAGUGUGACUGGGGUGUCAACUCUAGCUCUAUAAUGAACCUGUGAAACAAACUCCAACUUUUCCGUCAUUUCUGGCACACAGUUAGCCUAAGAUGCUCACAGUGCUUCAGGAAAUUGUUCAGAUCUCAUUUCUCACUAUUCCUGUGUUCUUUUGAGUACCUGAACGCUUUGUGGUAAAUAAUUUAAAAGCUGUAGACUCUUCUUCAUUGGUUGUGUAACCAAUGUCGUCGGCAAGCCUGACAAACAGCCUUCAUGAUUGUUCACCACAUCAGUUCAUCUCAAAAACGACUUGCUUUCCUGUACUUUAAAAGUUGGAGCCUUAAACAUAGAUAGCAGCUUCUGGUCAAUGUGCAGGGCUCAUGAUAACAGCUCGGUGUUGCUUGACAAGACAAAAGUCACAAAAUUAAACAAACUGGAUAGCGCUUUGCAACCCUGGCUUCACUUCAGUGCGAAAUAUGUCAUGUGUCGGUUUUGCUGGGGUCCCAAAUGCAGAGACAGGGACAGAAGGAGCUUAGUAACUAAAGGAUUUUGAUAACACAACUCAGGAGGCAAGAACAGACUGCCAUCAACAAGCUGAAGACAGUGGAGGAUCUGACAAUGGAGGAAAUUAAACCAAGGAGUAUUUAUGGCACUGGGGUGAAAUCACUUAACACUAUACCUGCAAAUAUAAACAUACGUAAAUUACUAAAAACACUCUUGCAUCAGCCAUAAUUACUAAGCUAAAGUCAAAGUCUGACUGAUUUUGAAACUAAAGGGUUUUAAUCCAGUGGAAUUUCAUAACCAGAUCUUGUUACACCCCUGAUAAGUUAUAUAAAAAACAUCCAAAUAUUGUACAAUAUAUACAUGUCUAAAAGCACAAGUAGAUAUAAGAAAAUACAUAUACACAUUAGUACAACAUACUGUAGUCUAGCUGAGAGAAUUAGCUUGUUAUGGUAAAGCAAUUUGAACUACUCCAUUGAUGACUAUUGCAUGUUUGGCCACAAUGGCAUCACUUGGGAAAUUAUUGCUAUAUACUGUAUAUUGAAAAUGUAUUUGUAGAAAUAUUAACAGUCUUCAGAACCGGCAUGUGUAGUCUGACCAUGUCCCACUGAAAGAAAUGACACUUCUACCUUAUUUAGAUAACUAGCAAGUACACAAUGCUAAAGGUUCCCCAACAUUUGAGGGGAAAAGCCUGAACAUGAGCCUGGAAACUCCCUCCCCUCCCCACAUGCGUAGAAUUAGCAUUGCAAAUGUUAUUUGUGGGACUGGUGGCAUUCAAUUUAGUGUACUGCAUGAAUGCAUGCAUAAUUCAGCUCCCACUAAUAUCCAAUCUCGAGUAGCCGCUUGCUAGUUAUGAAAUAAAGUAUCUCUGUCAUUUGUGUGAAGCAGUGGGGUAAUCUCGGGCAUUUGGGGUUCCUUUUUUUUUUUUUUUUUUUACAGAUUUGCUUGUGAUUUUGCUAAAUGGAAAUGAAUAACUAAUGGACAAUUGUAACAAUUUCUUAAUAACCUUCGUACAUUGUAAAGAGUUUCAGGAUGGUAGAAAAGCGUUUGUGGUAGAGUCUAAUUUGUAAGCUUUUUUCUGUAUCCUGCAUGUUGAUAAUAAUAAAGAUGAUUUGGGUUUCUCA